AUGACGGUCCGCUCCCGAGUAGAUCCUGCACCAUUUUCACCUCGAAAGCCGAGGGCUCGACUAGAAUUACCCCUCUAUUAUCAUUCCAUUAUGGCCGACCACGAGACCACAACCAGCCCAGCACAGCCUUUCGCACCCCCACACAACUACAUCGAACAUGAAGGAUAUGUACCAGAAGGCCAGACCCAACGCAACGCCAUGCCCGGAAGUGCCCACGAUGCUCAAGCAGAGGCCCAGGAGAAUGGUGAAGACUACGACGACCUCUUCGACCCCUCAGAAGAAGAAGAAGAAGAAGAAGAAGAAGAAGAAGCAGACCUCUCCGACACCGACCUCGGCGCCUCCAACCCAUCCGACUACACCAAAACCUACAAUCGCCAACGACGACAACACCGAAACGACGCCUCCACCCCGGACCCCCAAAAGCCGAGAACAAACCCGCAACUCAAUACCCGAGCCAACAUCGACGACCAAAUAAAAACCUUGUCAAAACACACCGGCAAACUCCGCCUUACAGAUGUGGAAGCAGGGCUCGGAGGCAAACAACAUGGUGGAGGCGAACGCGCCGAUCGCGCCACCACGGAACAAGUGCUCGAUCCGAGGACGAAGAUGAUAUUACUGCAGAUGCUGAACCGGAAUAUCAUCACUGAGAUGAAUGGGGUGAUUUCCACGGGGAAAGAAGCAAAUGUCUACCAUGCCGUUACCAUCCCCCAAGAAGGCGGCGAAACCGAAACCGGCACGGCUGCAAAGACGAUGCACCGCGCCAUCAAAAUCUACAAAACCAGCAUCCUCGUCUUCAAAGACCGGGACAAGUACGUCUCGGGCGAGUUUCGCUUCAAAGGCGGCUACAACCGCUCCUCGAACCGCGCGAUGGUGAAAGUCUGGGCGGAGAAGGAAUUUCGGAAUUUGAAGAGGUUGAGGGCGGCGGGGAUCCCAUGUCCCGAGGCCGUUUAUUUGAAGGCCCAUGUGCUGGUCAUGGGGUUUUUGGGCAGUGGGAGGGGGUGGGCGGCGCCUAGGUUGCGGGAUUGGGCGUUUGGUUCUUCUUCUUCUGCUAAGAUGGAGGCCAAGAAGAGGGAGGAGGGGUUUGAGGGAGAGGGUGUUGAGGGAGAGAGGGAGGAUGAAGGGGUGGAGGAUGGAGUGGUGGGGAAGUGGCGGGAGGUGUAUAUCACCCUCCUCGGGUAUAUGAGGAGGAUGUACCACGUCUGCAAACUCGUGCACGCGGAUCUGUCCGAGUAUAAUCUCCUCUACCACAACGACAAACUCUUCGUCAUCGACGUCAGUCAGAGCGUGGAACACGACCAUCCUCGAUCCUUGGAGUUCUUGCGCAUGGAUAUUAAGAAUAUUUCCGAUUUCUUUCGGAGGAAGGGCGUGGAUGUGCUUUCGGAACGGACGGUUUUUGGGUUCGUGACGGUGGGGGAGGGGGCGGUGGAGUUGGGGGAGGGAAUGAAGGGGGUGGUUGAGAAGCUUUUCGAGGCUGAGGCAGAGAAGGCGGAGAUUGAGGGGGAUGUGGAGCAGCAGGAGGUUGAUAAUGAGGUUUUUCGGCAGCAGUAUAUUCCGCAGACGUUGCAGCAGGUUUAUGAUUUUGAGCGGGAUGCGGAGGUUUUGGGGCGGGGGGAGGGGGAGGGGUUGGUUUAUCGGGGGUUGCUUGCUGAUGCUGGUGGUGCUGGGGGCCGGGUGGCAGAAGGGGGGGCUGUACAGGCGUCGGCGCCUUCUACCGCCAAGGACGAUCCGGCCGGCAAUGAUGUCGUUGUUGAGGGUGAAGACGAAGACGAUGACGAUGAAGAUGAUGACGAAGAUGAUGACGAAGAUGACCUUGAACUCGACGAAGACGGCAACCCCAUCCGUAAGAAAUGGCCUGAUGACGAGGACGCACGACCGAGGGGGAAGCGGUUCGAGGACAAGGAGGCGAAGAAGGCGCAUAAGGUGCUCGUGAAGGAGGAAAAGCGGGAUAAGAGGAAGGAGAAGAUGCCGAAGCAUGUUAAGAAGAAGUUGGUUGGGCAGGGGGGAAGGGGGAAGAAGUAG